AUGGAGUCUCUCAUUAAAAGCGUGUGGACAAAUUGUUGUUGCUGCUGUUGGUCGUUCGGGAACUAUGCUGAUUCUUUGAUCACCAUUAAUGCAAGGAAAUAUCAGAUUGUGAGGCUACUCAGCGAAAGCGAGUUGUCACUCACAUACCAGGUCAAGUCCUUGACCAGCGGAUCAAUUUUUGGUGGGAUGAGAAGGCAAUCGAGUAUGUCUACGAGUAAUCUCAACGACAUCGACGGGUAUGACGAACCGACGGAUAUGGUGGUAAGGCAGAUAAUGUGUCCCUUUGGUGACAUUGAGAGUGUUUCGAACGCACUCAAAGAAAUCGACAAUUACAGGUACUUUAAAUCCCCUUAUAUCAUGCAGUGCCUUGAUUCGCAGGUCAUUCAAAGGAGGGACGGUUCCAAGACAGUGCUAAUACUGCUUCCCUAUCUACCACUGGGGUCCCUGCGCGAUGCCAUUGACAGAAAUCUACUGGAUGGCAUUAGAAUGUCCGAAAGUGAAGUGAUAAGGGUUAUGAUUGGUACGUGUCGUGGUUUGCUCUAUCUGCAUGACCCAACUUCAAGGGGGAACCUCGGGUCGAGUAUGGGCCCUCAAAACGGUAUGGACGCCGUCUCGAUGACGCUGAGUGACGAUGCAGCAAUGCUGUUGGAUGGCACGCCUUUCGAGAUGGAUAUGCUUUCCUCGCACAGCAUGAAGAUGGACUCGUAUGCACACAUGAAUAUCAAGCCGUCAAAUAUCUUGUUUUCUUCAGAUGGACUGCCUGUAAUCACGGAGCUGGGAUCCCUGCAGAAGCUAGACCUUAAAAUUGAAAACGUGAAGAUGUUAAAGUCCAUUAAGGAGUGGACGGAGGAACAUUGCACCGUGUAUUACAUGCCGCCUGAGUUGCUUAAUUUGAAGGUUGGAACAGUUUUGGAUUGCUCGGUUGAUAUUUGGUCUCUUGGUUGUACACUAUACACAUUGCUAUUUGGUAUAUCACCAUUUAAGAGAGAGGAGCAGGUCAAUGAAGUACCGUUAAAGUACGGGAUAUCAAAGGCUCGAUAUUCUUUCCCCGAAGGCCAUGUAUACUCGAAAAAACUGGUAUCUGUAAUCGAGACAUGUUUGCAAGUGAACCCCACUAUGAGGCCUACGGUCAACGAACUUCUGGGUCAAUUGCAAGACAUAUGA